UGUAGACCACCAGCAAUACGCAAUAUCAUUUCUAAUAUCGACGUCAAAACCUUUACCACAGUCUUACGUGGGCAUUGCAGAUGUUUCUUGAUUUUCUUGUAUAGCUAAUAAUUUACUUAAAAGUGUUUUAAAAUAUUUUAAUAACUAAGGAAAAGGGAAGUUGGCGGAGUGAUAUUGAAAAAAGGAGUUUAGGAUAGCUGUUAAGGGCGAGUCCAGUUGCCUCACCCUCAGUGUGUUCAUAGAGAUUGUCAGUCCGUUAGGUUUUGUGUUGGCUUUGGUUUGUUACGAAUUUUGUCGUGAACCAGACGCUGCAUCUACAUCGAAAUGGCUGAUCAGCUUACAGAAGUGGAGAUUGCUGAGUUCAAGGAAGCAUUUUCACUCUUUGACAAGGAUGGAGAUGGCACCAUCACCACCAAAGAGCUGGGCACAGUUAUGCGCUCUCUGGGCCAGAACCCCACAGAGUCCGAGCUGCAGGACAUGAUCAAUGAAGUGGAUGCUGAUGGAAAUGGAACAAUAGAGUUCAAAGAGUUCCUCACCAUGGUGGCCGGUGCGAUGAAAGGCUCAGACGACGAGGAGGAGAUCAACCUUGCAACGUUCCGUAUCUUUGACAAGGAUGGCUGUGGAUACAUCAGUGCUGCUGAGCUGCGCCAAGUGAUGACAAACCUUGGGGAGAAGCUGACUGAUGAAGAAGUGGACGAGAUGAUCAGAGAAGCAGACAUUGACGGAGAUGGACGAGUCAACUAUGAAGAGUUCGUAAAAAUGAUGAUGUCAAAGUAGUGAAGGCUGAAUUGCACUACUGCCUGUAGGCUCAUCAGGUCAUGUCAAGUAUUCAUAGAAAAAGAUGAGUUUUGUAGUUCUUGAAAAGUAAUAAAACAGACAGUGGUGUAAAUGGAA